GGUCCGACCUCUCCUCCUUGGGUGAAGGUUCAUUGCGGUGACUCUUUCACGUUAGCCGUCUACCACAGUGUAGUUUAACGUCUCAGCCACGAUGUCGGGUCGUGUUCUCGUUGGAGUCAAACGUGUCAUUGACUACGCCGUUAAGAUCCGUGUGAAACCGGACAACAGCAGCGUGGUGACUGAUGGAGUCAAGCACUCGAUGAACCCCUUCUGUGAGAUUGCUGUAGAGGAGGCGGUCAAGCUGAAGGAGAAGAAGCUUAUUAAGGAGGUUGUGGCUGUCAGCUGUGGGCCACAGCAAGCACAGGAGACCAUCCGUACAGCCCUUGCCAUGGGAGCAGACCGUGGCAUCCAUGUGGAAGUGGCUGGGAAAGACUAUGAAACUUUGGGACCCCUCCAGGUCUCUAAGAUCAUGGCAGCUUUGGCCAAGAAGGAGGAGGCUCAACUCGUCAUCCUGGGCAAACAGGCCAUUGAUGAUGACUGCAAUCAGACUGGUCAGAUGACUGCAGCCUUAUUGGACUGGCCUCAGGGAACCUUUGCAUCAGAAGUGGCUAUGGAAGGAGACAAGGUUAAAGUGGUGAGAGAAAUCGAUGGUGGCCUGGAAACUAUAAAGAUCAACACACCUGCAGUGAUCACAGCAGACCUUCGACUCAACACCCCCAGAUAUGCCACCCUGCCUAAUAUCAUGAAAGCCAAGAAGAAGAAGAUAGCUAAUGUGAAGCCUGCAGACUUGGGGGUGGACCUGACGUCACGGUUGGAAGUGUUGAGAGUGGAUGAGCCCCCACAGAGACAGGCUGGGAUGAAGGUGGAGACCGUGGACGACCUGGUGGGCAAACUGAAAGAUGCAGGGAGGGUAUAAAGGCUUCAGGAGCAUAAGCAGGGGAGCACAGAACUGAGCAGCAGGGACUCACUAAUGAAUAACUGGACUGUUUUACAUAAGCACGCCUGAAGGAGUAGCUUAUGCACUGGUCUAAUCCCUCUGUUUGAGACUGUGGCUCCUGAGGAUGUGCAGGAGGAACGCACAGGAGAGGAGGAGUACUGAGACACACUGUCCUUCAGCAGACCCAAAGAAACAUAACGGAUCAUCUCGUCUUUUGUCUGCAUUUUAAUUUACAAAGGUGCUUCACCUGUAUGAUAGGCCACACAUUUAACUUAAGCAGUCUUUAUGCAACGACCGAAACCCAGAAACUUCCUUUCAUAAUGCUUCUGUUUGUACUGCAGUGUACUUUAAGGCCACCAGUAUGAUGCAGUUCACCAACAGUCGCAGCUUUUUAAUCUUGUAUAUCUGUAGUCACACAUGUUUAAGGUGCAGUUUUUGUAAAUGAUAUAUGUAAAUAUGGACCCAGACAUGUUGAAAUGAUUAUGUUCUUCAAGAUUAGUGUUAAAUCUGCUGAAAAUCUGUAUAGUUUUGUAACUGGGUUUCAGUGCUGCCUUGGCAGUGUCCCUCAGUAUGAACAAGAGAUGAUCAUUAAUCAGAAUUUAACCAUAAAUGCCUCAGUUCUCUGUUGAUUGUACAGAACAUUACCAUGACAAUAAAGCAGACAGUUUUUCAUAUCUAAA